CGCUUCUCUUCAUAAUCUAAUGUGCUACUAAUAUGAUAAAAGCGGUCAGAUGUUCAGUUCUCUUGAAAUAUGCAUCAUUCGAUAGGGAGUUUCAUGCUGAUUAAGAAUAUGUUACUUCGAAUUAUUUUAGUGCGCGUUAUCAUCGAGAAGAAUUCAAAAUACUGAGAAGGACUCUCUUUUUGAAAAUCCGCUAACUUUUUUUAAAAAUGGUGUAACUCUGUUCCAAGUGGAUUUGGAGCUUCACAAAGGUGUUUUUCUUGAUCAGCAUCUAAAACUGCAUCUAGAAAAGUAUAUGUGAAGGUUCCAGAUAAAACAAUAACUUCUGAGCACGUCGCUUUUCAUCUAGACCUUUUGUUUGACGGUACUUAUCUUGCAAGCCACGUGCAGCCUUUUGGUCAAGAGCUAGAGACAAGUUUUAUAAGCCAUUCACUUCGCCGUUCAGUUUAGAACAAAAGUAUGAAGCACUUUUUUCGAAAUAUUUUUCGUUCCUGAGAAAGUACAUUUUUCUUGAAUCAGGACCGAAAAACUCAGAAUUCUGCCCCUAAUUCUCGAUUUUCUUCAUCAGACUCAUUUCUUAUGCAAUAAAAAUAUCAUAUUCGGAUUUAGCGUCGUAAAAUUGAUUCGAAUGAUAUAAAAAAAUUCGAAGUAACAUAUUCUUAAUCAGCAUGAAACUCUCUAUCGAAUGAUGCAUAUUUGAAGUGAAAAUAAAAUAGUGCUCGACGUUCGAAUUUGGGGCGCCUUAUAAAAUCGAACGUCUCCGAACUAUUCACAAUAUUUUUUCAUCAAAGUGACUUCAAUUAUACAAGAAGUGUACAGAUAUCGAUCAGAGACUUUUUUAUAAAUUUAAUAUAAUUCGAUAAAUUAAUUUCAUGAAAAGUCCAAAGGCAUCUCAUUUUGUCUGGAACUUUGUGCCGUAUUCAAAGAAUUCAUAGUACCUGGUCUUGAGAGUUUAAGUUUUUGAGAUGUCUAAUUUCCAGUAGUUUUUAUGGAAGUUUCGUUCAUCUCACGAGGGAAGGUCACCAACUGCCACCUCGCUUUUGAGCUCUAAGCUAGUGGGUAAUAGGUAAAAAAAUGUGCUGAAUCCGAAUAUGACAAUGAUUUUGGCCGCUAGGCCUCCAAAGACUGGAUUUCUAGAAAACCAGUUUUUCAGAAACUCCAAAAACUCUCCAAAACUUUUCUUAACAAGUUAAAAUUGUAGCACGCGAAAUUCUGAUCAAAAUGAGACAUUGCCCUACAUGACAUUUCUUUGCAAAAUUAUGGACUUUACAAGAAAAGCCCAAAUGUUCAUUGUCAGCUCAAAGCUACAAAUAUAAGAAGGAAAAAAUUGAUUUAGGGCUUUUCUUGUAAAUUCCAUAACUUUGCAAAGAAAUGUCAUGUAGAGCUGGACAAUGUCUCAUUUUGAUCAGAAUUUCGCGUGCUACAAUUUUAACUUAUUCAGAAAAGUUUUGGAGAGGUUUUGGAGUUUCUGGAAAACUGGUUUUCUAGAAAUCCAGUCUUUGGAGGCCUAGCGGCCCAAACCAUUGUCAUACUCGGAUUCAGCACAUUUUUUUACCUAUUACCCGCUAGCUUAGAGCUAAAAAGCGAGGUAGCAGUUGGUGACCUUUCCUCGUCAGUUCUGACCGAAAACUCUCCAUCACUUUCUUAAUAUAACUUUAGGUAUCGUUUGGAACAACAUAACAUUGAUCGGUAGAACCAAUAAACUUCUCUUUUCAGAGAACUGAACAUCUGACCGCUUUUAUCAUAUUAGUAGUACAUUAGAUUAUGUGAAGAGAAACGCUUGACAACUUUAUAUUUUACAUAUGAUCGUAUUUUAGACUAAGACGACGAAAGCUGAUGCUUUAGAAUUGAUACUGCAAAGCGCUCAUGUCGAAUUAAUAACAAAUUCACGUGUUAUUGGUUUAAUCAAUAAAAAAUGGCAAUAUUUUGCUAGGCGAACAUUUGUUACACGUUUUAUGGUUACAUUAGUCUAUCUAAUCAUUUUCAUGUUAACAAUAGUAUUGGAUCAGAAACGAGAGGAAACGGCAUGUAUUCAUACAAGUUCUUACAUUUGUAUUUGAAAUGAUAGAUGUAUUUAGGUCAAAGAUGAUGGCGAUGAUGUAGUGGAAACUAACGUGGUAUAUCCAAGACAAAGUUUAGUUUAUUAUUUCUGUACAAUUGGACAUUUUCUCGUUUUGGCAGGCGCAUUGUUCAAAGCAAGGCUAGAAAUAUGUAAAAUAUUAAGCGUUGGAUUAAAGAAGUAUCACAUGACGCCGGUCAGUACAUGUCAUUAACUGAAAUCAAUUGAGCAGAGACGGCAGAACCAUUUGCACUGGAGAGGGAGGGACGACACACCAUUGAAAUAUUUUUUUUCUUGCGUUCUAUGGACUUUGUCUCCUCGUAAAAUAAUGGCCCCCUCAGUUUCAAAGUCGUCCCGCAGUCUCCGCAAUUGAAUCUAACCGGUGGACAAAUGUAAACUUUAGAGACAAAAAUAGUCAAAGUUGGUUAACGUGAAAAAAUUCUUACCACACGGUAAAAAGCCAUGUUCUUCAAGUUUUCAACGAACUAGUUGAGGAACUCAUCUGAGUUCUUUAAGAUAUAGAAACUUAUCUUUUCUUUUCCAAAAACAGUCAGUUUUUCAUUCGUUUUAGUUUUUUAGAAAAACACACAACACAGUUUCUCUUUUAAGUUCUUUGAAGAUGUCGGAAAGGAAAGAAAAACCAUCGGCUUUGUCAGCUAACUCUGCUACCGAAGUGAAAUUCCGUAACGAUUUUUUUGCAUUUUGUUUCUCCUAUAUUUUCGAACUGUGAGACGCCCAGAGCUCUAGAACGUCUCAGACUAAAGGGGAAAGUGUGCUAAAGAUUUUGAGAUGUUCUCCCAGUCUACACAUUCUUUCAUGCAAAAAGUCUGAUGAAAAACUCUUUAAUCUGAAACGUUCCAAAGCUCUGGGCGUCUUGCCGUUCGAAAAUUAUAAGAAAAAUAAAAUGCAAAAAUAUCGUUAUAGAAUUUUAUUUCGAUAGUAGAGUUAGCAGGCCAAAUCGUCACAAAUGUCAAUCACCAUAUUGUUUUACUAAACUACCAUAUAUAUAUAUAUUAAACACAUGAUAAUUUCGUAAAAAGAACUUAAAAAUUAUAUUCGAGAAUUUCUCUCUAACUAUAAGAGUGUGUGCACACUUCGAGAUCAGCAUGUUUUUAAUGAGAUCGAUCAGAUUGGUGUCCAUUCAAAAAUGUUCAGUCAGUUAGUCAUCUGCAGAAUUAGUCAAUCGACUUUUUUAGUAUUGUCAAUGACAACAUUUCUAUUGUUUGUAGAACAUCAGAAAAAUAAUUCAGUCAUUAUCAAUCGUAACUAUAUUACUCAAGGGGGAAAAGGCGGCUCCGGGAGCUUUCCGGAGCCCUUGAAAUGCUAUCCGGAGCUUGACAUGCUGAGCGAUGAUCUGAGUGGCUCAUAGUGCCACAGAUUAAGGAAACGGCUCUUUCCCGCAAACAGAACAAAAAGGUUCUGUCCGCGGGAAUAGAAUUCACGGAACAGAACACAAUUGUUCCGUUAUCAGGAAAAUUUUCCCGUUAAAAGAACAGAAUUGUUCUGUUUGGGGAACAGAAGUUUUUCUUAGAAAUGAAAAAUUUUGAGCGAACGAUGCUCUCCGAUACUGAGCGAUGCUCUCCGAUGCUGAACGACGCUCUGCGAUGUUAAGAAAGAAAAAAGUCGCCUUUUCCCCCUUGAUAUUACUGCAUAAAAAAACUCGAACGCAGCAGAACUUCAAAGAAGGAAAUCUUAGAAUAAGUUCUUGCAAAAAAUGCAGUACGGAAAAGAGUUAUUCGAACCUGAUAUUUUCUAGAGAACAAAUAUCUCAAAUAGAAAUCUAAAAAUGAAAAAUUAUAUUUUCAGCUCUUUCAUAGCAUAAAAAAAUCAGUUUCACCGAUUUUAAGAAAACUCGUGUUAGAUUUCUACUUGAGGCUAAUAAAAAUUAUAUUUGUGUUUUCUGAAAAACUCUUUUUUUUUUACUAGUUGGAUAUUUCUAUUUUCAUACAGCAGACAAACUUCAUAAAACUUACGUCAUUGAAUACAGAUUCAAAAGAUAAUUCUCACUCAUUAAUAUUACGUUUAAGUUUUGCAUUUUGUUUAUUAUACACACUUUUGUGUCUAAGAAUACACAAAUUCAUUCAAUGUCGCUCAACUUCGAUUUUCGAUCAAGGUUUUUAAUUUUGUUUGCCUAUCAGAUUCUGUACGCAUGAUUCAUUGUCACUAAUUCAUGUUUAUUGUUUGAAGUUUUCAACAAAAACGUAAUUCAACAUUUUAUCAACUACAUUAGAACUUUAUAUUUUUAUGCCAUAUAUUUAUUUCAUCUAGUUUUAAUGGUUUAUUACAGUAAAUAAACAUCAUUUAAUGCGUCGAACAGUCAUUUUUUGUAAUGCGGAUAGUUUUGUAACAAUUUUAAAAACUGAUAUUUAUUAAUUAUAUUCAUGAAUCUUUUUGUUUAAAGAGAAUUCCAAUUUAUGAGAAAAUAACAUCAUUUAUUAUCCACUAAAAAUAUGCUGAAUGUCAUUUACAUGCCAUUUUAUGGAAGAAAAAAGAAUUUUCUACUAUGUGUGUGCAUGAGUUUAUACUUUCGUUAAAAUCUGAAUUACACUAGCUCUAAUUCCUUAUGAAUAAAUGUCUUUUCUAUCGUAUUCUUCACAAAAACUAGUACAUAGAAUAUGAAUGCAAUAUAUACUCAUUUGUCUUAGAUCUUUUCAACAAUAUGCAAAAGAAAAGGAUAAUUUUGAUUGUCGAAGAAUGUUCCAUAAUAUUUUUAUAUACAGCAAAAAUUAAUUACUAUUUUUGACUGACAAACAUAUACUUUUUUGAACUUGGUAUAUAAAUACAUUUGCAACAAACGACUAUUCAUUUUUCUAGGUAACGGGUUUGAUUCGAAAUUAUGCGGCAUGUACUUUUUGUUCUUGUAUUAUUUUGAUGAACAUUUCAAGAAUGUUAAAUGUGUCUACACAAAUUGUUGCAUCUGUGGCUUCCAUUACUGGUUGGACUUACAUGUUAACGUUUGUUUUUGGAUUUCAACUAACAGGUCCUUUCAUGGUGAUGAUGUAUAAAAUAUUAUCCAAUGAUGUUUUACGCUUUUCUAUCAUUUAUAUUGUAUUUUUAAUCGGAUUUUCACAAGCAUUUUUUAUUCUUUGCAAUAAUAAUGGUGAAUUUGAGUGCAUAAUCUUACUUUGUUUGUGUGACUUUUGUUUAUUAUUUUAGGUUAUAGUGGUUUCUUAAAAAGUGUGAAAUUGAGUUUUGUCGGUACAUUCGGCGAUUUUGAUAUUGAUUAUUUUUCUGAAACCACAUAUAAUUAUGUCAGUAUUCCAUUAUUGAUCAUUUACAUUGUUGUUGUUGCCGUUCUUUUAUUGAAUUUAUUAAUCGCAAUGAUGGGUGAUACUUUUAAAAAUGUGCUCGGAAAUGCGAAGCAAAUAUGGCAAUUAGAACGCGCUCGUAUCUCAUAUGCUAUUGAAAGUGAUAUGUCAAUAGAAGAGCGACAAAAGGCUAAAUAUUGGACGAUGAUUAAUGGUAGACGAUAUUUGGAAGUUGAAGAACUAAUCACCAAUUAUUGA